UCGCGUGGUCACUCGAAAUGUUGGUAGACUCCUGAAAAAAAAAAAAAAAAAUGGUUGCCUCUGAAAAAUAAUCAUUAAAUAAGUUAGAUAAAAUUGAUCGCAAUAUUAUAGCGAACAAUAAUUAGGAUAUAAAUAAUAGUUAAUUUUAUAAUCGUUAUAUUAACAAGUGUUUAAUUUUUGAUAAUUGUUUAUAAUGUCUCUUUGUAUCAGAGCAGUACCAAGCAAGUUGUCAUCACUCGUGGGUACAAGAAACCAGGUGAUGCAAUUUAAUCGCCGGCUAACAAAACACAUCAAAAAAUCAUCAUCAUUAUUACAAAAGUAUGAUAAAUUGAAUUUUGCCAAUUUAAAAAUUAAUGAUGGAUCAUCAGGUAUAUUACAAAAUACAUUGUCAUUUGGUAUUAAUAGACUUGCUGUAAGAUCAUAUUCAGUACCAGUUGGUAAAGAAAAAGAAAAUGUACAAGCAAAUGUUCAAGAUAAAUUUGUAAGUGAUAAUAAAAAUGAUGAUAAUCGUACUGGACCAACAAAAGAACAGCUGCAACAUGUUUAUGAUGUAUUAAGUGAUGAUCUACCAAAAUUUUUUGCUGCAUCAAUUGAUUAUCGUAUUUAUCAUCGUGAUGUUGAAUUUAUAAAUAAUGUCAGAGGAGUAUCAUCAAAGGGUCUAAAUGGAUAUAUUAAACAAGUACUUUGGAUCAGAUCAUUGGGGCAUUUGAUGUAUGCAUAUGUUAAAUUUGAUGUAUUUAAAAUAACAAUGCAUCCUGAGGACAAUACUGUUAAGGUCAGAUGGCGUGUUAGAGGUCUUUCUGGAUUUAAAGUUGUUACUAAUAUUUGGAAAUUUAAAAUAACAAAAGUCAAUGAAAGUAUCAGUGAACUUGAAACAUGGUAUGAUGGUUUUUCAACAUAUUAUGUUGGAAAAGAUGGUCUUGUUUAUAAACAUGUUGCUGAUAAAAUGAUGCCAGAUGAAGAGAGAGAAAGUGAAAAAGAUAAAACUGGAAUUGCUGCAAAAUUAACAGCAUGAGUUUGGUAAAUCUUGUUAGGAUUUUUUUGUUGUAUCAUCGUGAUGAUAUUUAUUUGUCAUUCCUCAAAACAUUAAAUUAAAAUCCUGAAUAAUCAUCACCAAAAAAAAAAAAAAAUAAGAGAUAUGCAAGAGCAAAGAGCAGAAUAAACAAAAAAAAUAAACAAAAAUUUUUCAUUUAGCUAAUUAAAAGAUGAAAAAUUUUUUAUAAAUUAUUUCUCAUUAUUUUUUUUAUUUUUUUUGCUGCAAGCAACUGAAAAUAUUAAUUUAAAAGUUAGUUUAUUUAAAUAAUGAGAAAAUAAUUUAUUUAACAAUCAUUUAAUAAUAAACUAAUUAUUAUUAUUAAAUAUAUUGUUUAUUUUUUGUUUCUCACUUGAAGUAUGUUUAAAAAAUAAAUUAAUUAAAAAUCAUUGUAAUAAUAAAAAAAUAUCAACGAAUUAAAAAAAAAACAACAUUGUUGUAUUAUUAAAUUAAUUUAUUAAUUAUAAAAUUUUGAAAA